GCCCUCGGACUCGAAACAUACGCGUCCUGUUCACUUGACAUUCUUGCAUCAUGUUUAGAAAUACUUAUGACUCCGAUAACACCGUGUUCUCUCCGCAAGGACGACUGCACCAAGUCGAAUAUGCUCUGGAGGCUGUAAAGCAGGGAUCUGCUGCCGUUGGUUUAAAAUCCAACAAGCAUGCAAUAUUACUAGCAUUAAAGCGCUCAACUGGAGAGCUCGCCUCGUACCAACAAAAAAUGUUCCGCAUCGAUGACCAUGUUGGCAUUGCAAUUGCCGGACUGACUUCUGACGCGCGUGUAUUGAGUAACUUCAUGCGCCAGCAAGCAAUGUCAUCCAGAAUGACCUUCAACCGCCCGAUACCCGUUAAUCAGCUUGUUACAGCCAUUGCUGAUAAGGCACAAGUGAACACUCAGGAAUAUGGGCGGAGGCCAUAUGGGGUUGGUUUCCUUGUCAUUGGAGAGGAUCGUACAGGCCCGCAUCUCUACGAGUUCUCCCCUUCAGGUAACUCCUAUGAAUAUUUUGCCAUAUCGAUCGGUGCACGGAGUCAGAGCGCGAAAACGUAUCUUGAGAGACAUUACGAGGAGUUCGCUGAGGCUUCACUUGACGAUUUAAUUCUUCAUGGCCUCCACGCGCUUCGGGAGACACUACAACAAGAUAAAGGACUCACAAUCCACAAUACCAGCAUCGGCAUCAUUGGUUCGGGACCUCCCGACGAUACAUCCCGUGCUUUCCGGAUUCUAGAAGGUGAAGUCAUCAACCAGUGGCUGCAACGGCUACCCGCGAAGGAGGUCCCAGCGGCUGCGGCUCCUGAGCUUGGUGAAGAUGUCCAAAUGGAUGAGUGAACCCAGUAUACUGUAUCAUAUUCUAUCGUAAAGCAUGUCUGGUCGCCCUGCGUUCCAUUCUUGGUCUACUCGACUGGAAUUACGAAUAUACUCUUUCUCGCCCCUUAACGUACACCUAUCUGGUUGCAGUGCCCCUUCUCGAGUCUCUCCACAAUUGCGCCAUCCGACCAGGUUUUCUCAAUGAGGCAAUUAGUGCAACUAGACUGCCCAGCAGCGCCACACUCCCUGCCUGAUGACUUGCUGCUAACUCCACGGGGACCAGAUACAAAAGCGUGGAGAUUCCCAG